AAGUGUCCUACCUGCACCCUCUGAAAAGAAGUUUGGCAACACUGCCGGUCUGGAAACCGCACGGCAAGCACGUUCCGCAUCGUACAGUGGCCGCAACCGCAGUUUAAUGCCGUGUAAUGUAACAGACGGUUUCUUAUUUCGAUAUAUUGCUAUUUUCACGAAAAUAUUUUGAUAUUGUGGAGAAUGAUGAUUAGCAUAGAAAAGUUAAUAUCAGCAGUAAAAAAACAUCCCGUUUUAUAUGACAGCUCUGAUGCAAAGUACAGCAGUAAACAAGCCAAGUUGAAGGCAUGGAAUGCUGUGGCGAGAGCUACAAUACAGGGAUGGGAUCUUAUGUCGUCUCAGCAAAAAGAGCUAGAAGAUAAAAUUUUGCGAACCAAAUGGAGAAAUUUGAGAGAUUGUUUCGUCAAAGAAUUCAAAUGGCAAUCAGAAUUUUUCAAACAUCAAAGAAGAACAAGAAGAAAAUAUAUCUACUAUGAUUUACUCACGUUUUUAGCCCCAUCUAUACAAACCAAAGUGCCAGACAAUGGAAUACUUCAAGUUCAAUGUAAAACUGAAAGAAAUGAUCUUUUGAGUGAAGAGACUAAUGAUGAAAGUAGUAUGCCUUCAGUUGCAUCAGCAGAUGAAAAUGAAUUCCCGGACGUAAAACUAGAUACAGUUGCUGAUGAUAAAAGCAAAAAACAAUACUCAGUGGAUCCUUUGUAUGAUGAACCGAUCUCCGAUGAUAGUAAUAGUCAAAUGCCUCCGGUCCCAACCACUCAUUUACAAGCCGAAAAAUUUAAGGAAACGGAUUAUGAUAGAAUGUUUUUAUUAUCUUUACUGCCUUCAUUCCGACAAAUACCUAAUGAUAUAAAGCUUCAAGUGAGGAUUCAAUUUCAGCACAUACUCUUUUCUGCGCUUAAUCCGAGUACUAUUGUAGCAGAUAAGUAGUUAUAUGUAAAAAAUUAAUUCUUUAAGUUAUUUAAAAUAUAUUUAAGAUUAAAAACA